AUGCUACAAGGCGGAACACAAACGUUCUACAGUAUUCUUCCGCCAUCAGACUAUUCAUCAUUUCUACAUCAUCUACGCAUGGAACCCUUCCAGAUAUUCUGUCACGAAAAGCGAGCGGAGGUCAGCAGAAAUAACCCACAAUUAAGUAGCAGCAAAAUCACAUCUUUACUCGGCACAAUGUGGAGAUCAUUAAAACCAUACGAAAAACAGUCAUAUAUCGAUGUUGCCUUAUCAAUGAAACCUAAUGAUACCGAAGAAGUUUGCAAAGAUGAAAUAUAUCAAAAGCAGUUUUCAAAUACAACUUUAAGCCGGAGAGAAGAUGGACCGCGAAAAAAAUGCGAAAUUCCUCUCGAGUUAAUUCCUAAUAAUUUAAUACCUAAAAUCCAGGUAAUAGCUCGAUCAGGGAAGUGGAAAAAUAUUUCCAAUUUAAGUCAGACCAUACUUUACAGUGAGGUUCCUAGCAGCAGCGAAGAUAGCUCCCAAUGA